AUGCAAUUUUUAACGCUGUUUAUUUUUUUUGUAUUUAUUGGAGACGAAAUGUGUGGCAAAACGCAAUUAAUUAAUUGUCUCUGUGACAAACCAUAUUAUGAAGAAUACGAACCAACAUUAGAAGAUUCGUACAUGGUUACUUUAUAUGGUGAGGCCACUAUACAAACAGCACUUUUAGACACUUCAGGACGAUCCGAAUAUGCGUCACUAGUUGACAGUACUAUACGCAUUGCAGAUUGCAUUUUAUUGUGUUUUUCACUCUACACCGACAAAUCAACAUGUUUUACAAAAACUCGAAUUGAACACAUCAGACAACUUUAUAAAAUAGCUCCUGUUGUGUUGAUUGGGACUAUGUUUGACUUGAGAGAAGACAAAAUUAAAAAUAUGACAUUGUAUUACGACGAUAAUAGUUAUAAAAACAAUUAUAUCAAAACAAUAUAUGGAAUAACAUUUGCCAAUGAAAUUGGAGCACUCAGCUAUAUCGAAUGUUCAGCGAAAGAAAAAUUUAAUAUAGAAUUGAUCAAGAAUAAAAUAAACGAAUUUGCUCAAGAAAAAAUUUUAAGAGAUAACAAAAAGACUUUAAAAUAUUCUAAAAAUAAGUUGAUUUAUUCAUGA